AUGUCUAGUAUACACGACGAACACUCUGACGAGGAGGACGUGGUUCGCGAUGAGAGGUACUUUGGGAGACCGGUCAAGAGCCCAUUCGAUGAUGCGUUCUCCGACGAGGACGAGGACGACCGGAACGAAGUGCCCGAGUUCUCACCCGCGGCGAUUCGUGCAGAGCUGGCAAAGUCAUACAACAUUCAAGACCGACUCACGCAGGACGAGGUGGCAGACUUUGCCGUGAAGGUUGGCUUCCCAGUCGACCCGUACUUGUCGCCGCAGCCUGUGGAGGCGGAGGAGGCCGAACCCGAGCAGUCGCUCUCGGCACCCCCAGCCAUGCAACGAUCGCAUUCCUCUUCAUCGGACAGACCAUCUGCACCGUCCCACGCGAGUUCGUUCUACGAAGUUCAGCUCAGCAGCCCUACCUCUGCACUGGACUUGCAAGACUCGUCCCCUUCUCCCGAACCUACGCCAGUCUCGCCUCCCGAACCCUCUGAGGAGCCUCGCUCAGCAGAAUAUCACUCUGUCCAUAUAGAUGCCUCGGAGUCACAGGCUGAGUGA